UCUCUCCCUCCCUCCCUCUCUCUCACUCUCUCCCUCUCUCUCUCUCUCUCUCCUUCUCUCUGUCAGUGAUUCGGAAACCCACGUCGCGCCGGUGUAACUAUCAUAAUUAUCUAACAAAAUGAAACACAAGUAAAAAAAAUGUGCCCAGGUGUGUUGCAGGUGAGACUUGAUUAGUGUCAGAGCAGGUGUGUGUGACAGAGGGCCAAAAGAGGUGCCAGAAACUAGUGUGUGGGAAUUAGAACAAAAGUGAAGAAAAAUGGGAAAGUGUAGUGUCUUUAAGUGUGUUGGGAGGUGAUUAAGAGGUGAUUAGAGCAAGGACAGGUGGGAAAAAGGUGGAAGUGAACCGGGAAAUCAAAGAAAAAGAUAGAUUUUGAAAGACAGAAAAGAGAUAGAGAUAGUGGCAAAAGCAAGUGCAGAACAGAAGGAGAGUUAGUGAAAAGAACAGUAAAAAAGUGAAAAGUGAAAAUAUAUCUAAAAUCAGAGAAAGAAACAAAAUUAACGAAAACUUGGAACAUAACAAGUGAAAAAAUAACCAAAACUCAAAGAAAACAAAAACACGAAAAAAGAAAUCGAAAACAUAAAGAAACUAGCGAAUAAGCGAAUCAAAAUUAAAGAAAAACAAACAAAAAAAUAACAAACAAUACUAGAAAAAAACCAAGUGAAAUUAUAAACAAAAACAAAGACAAAGAAUUCAAAAACAUAAACAAACUAGUGAAUAACUGAAUCAAAAUUAAAGAAAAACAAACAAAAAACAACAAACAAUAUCAGAAAAAAACAAUCAAACAAGUGAAAUAAAAACCAAAAGCAUCGAAGACAAUAAGAAAAUAUAAACAAAAAAUCAAAGAAAAUAAAAGGGAACCAAAAAAUCUAAUACCAGAAAAAAAAAACAAAGGUGAAAAUCAACCCCAAAAAUAAACAAAGAAAAUACAAGACCCCUCCCCUUAAGUAAACAAUCCCAACCCACCCUCAAAAUGACCUUCCACCCAGCCGUGUUCAACCUCACAGUGGUGGACCCAAGCCUAUACCCGGGCGUGGGGGCCGGAACACAGCACCCAUUCUUCCAGCAGCCACACCCACACCCACGCCUUCAAAAUAGAGUCCCGGGGGCGCUACCAAUCCCUGCAGGCGUGGGCGUGGGUGUGGGUGCCCCUGGCGGUGGAAUUCCUAACCAGUAUUUAGACGAAGGGAAUGAGGACACACAAUUCCAGUCCUUCGUCCAUUCCCUUCCCUCGGAGUUGCAGGGACCGAUUGUGUUCAGGAAUGGGAGUUUUAGGAAUGGAGCUACUUCUGCCUCCUCCUCCUCUUCCUUCGGCUCUUCCUUCGGGUCUUCCUCCUCCUCCUCCUCCUCCUCAGCCAGCCAGCUCUUCCCGCCCACCAAUCAACGGCCAGUGGUACCCCGACUUGCGAUUCCUGCCAUCAGUAAUUCGACUUUUGUGCAACUCCCGGUGUUGUGGACGGCGCUGAGCCUGGCGCUGGGCGUGGAGGUGCAGGGCGAGGUGAUCCGUGGCCUGCCCUGCAUCAAGCGGCUCAACCAACUCUUCUGUAGGACGCCCGGCAACUCCUAUCCCUCAGACAAGAUCGAACGCUUCAUAGAGGACAACAAAGCCCUGAUGAGGCGGAUGUAUGGAAGCUUCUUUGACAACAUACAAGACAUCUUCGAGCCCCAGCAGCGUCGGUUCCUGAGCAGGCCGGGGCGUGCCGCAGGGGACGGGCCCGACGCUUUUACCGACGAGGCACCAGACAUACAUCAGGACUAUCACCCCGGGGACCCGCGCGGGGAGUCCUUCUUCAACCUGAUCAGGAGGAAGAGGCAGUCCUUCCCCGGAGACGCAAACUCGAACUCGGACAGAGUUGAUUCAUGUGAGAGCAAGGUUGAGAUCGUGACGCCUUACUGGGCCAACAAUUCUGCCGGGAAGAUACGCGCAAUUGUCAACACCAACGAGUUCUCGCAAGCCAUUCACCAGGAAGUGUGCGCCAAGCAAAGCACGAAGCGAUGCGGCGGUGACUGUGGCUGUGAGCAGAAGUACAAAUGGCACAGACUUCUCGCCUACGACCCCGACAACGAUUGCUCUGGUAUUUUCAUGGAUUGGUUUCUGUUCCCUUCCUGUUGCUCCUGCCGCUGCAACCCGCUCUAGAGGAUGAUGCUGGUGGUGGUGAUGGGGGUGAUGAAGGGGAUGAAGAUGUGGGAGUGAAGCUGACGAUAGGAAGUAAAGACGAACGCAUGUAGAGAAGAAGAUGGUUUUAGAGGAAGGGAAGAGAAGGGAUGCAGGAAAGAUGGAAGGAAGUUGUGUAGAAGAGUAGAAGAUAGAAGAUGGUUUUAAAGGAAGGGAAGAGAAGGGAUGCACGAAAGAUGAAAGGAAGUUGUGUAGAAGACAGGAGAUGAGAGGAUGAUAGGUGGUGGUGGUUGUGGUGGUGAUGGGGAGGGUAGAUGAUGGGAAGGAUGAUCUGUAGAAGGUAAUGAAGGAGGUAGAGAUGAAAGACAGCAAAAAUGAAGGGAAGUAAAAAUAAAUGAAGAUGGGGUAGUGUUAAUGGUGUAGAUGGUGUAGAUGUUGGAAUGAAGUAAGCUAAAGAUAAAAGAAAAUUAAUAUAGAUGAAGAUAAGAAAGAUAGUAGAUAAGAAACUCGUGAUGAAAGGGAAAAGAGAAAGUUAAAAUGAGAAAAGAAAAUGAAGAUAGAUGAAGAUAAGAAAGAUAAUAUAAGAAACUCGUGAUGAAAGGGAAAAACUAAAGAUAAAAUGAGAGAAAUAGAUAAAGAUGUAGGGAAACGACGAUAAAGGGAAAUAAAGAUGGAAGAGAAAACAAAAUAAAACGUAGAAUAUAACCAGAAAGGAAACUCGAGAAGAAGGGAAGUAAAGGCGAAGGGAAGAAGAUGAAGGGAGAUAAAUAUAAAUGGAUGAAAGAAGAUAGAGGAGAUGAUAGAGAGAGGAGAGGAGAGGAGAGGAAUGAGAGGCAAAAGACAAAAAUAAUAAGGUAGAUGAUGAUGGAAAUGAGAAGAAAACAAAAAACACGAACAAAAAGAAGAAGAAGAAGAAGAACAGCUAGAAACAAGAACAAGAAUGAGAACAGAAAGAAGAACAUCAGGAAGAACAAGAACAAAAUGAACAAAGAAAAACAAGAAGAAGAAGAAGAAGAAGAAGAAAAUAGCAACACACACACACACACACACACACACACACACACACACACACACACACACACACACACACACACACACACACACACACACACACACACACAAAU